UUUUAUAUCCCUUCCCUUCUCCUAUUCCUCCCACCCCAUUUUUCUCGCCUUCGAUUCAGUCGCCACUGUCUUCUUCUUCACGAAUUUGCAGGAAUUCUGCCGCUGGACUGCUCGCCGAUCGAUUAGGUUGCAGAGGAUUCGCAGCGCGGCCAUGGCGAGUGAAGAAUUUCAGUCUAAUCUUCAGAAUCUGGCUCAGCCGCCGGCGCCUUUGCCGCAGUAUCCCGAGAUGAUUAUGGGAGCAAUCGAGGCGUUGAACGAGAAGAACGGAUCGAACAAAUCGGCGAUCUCGAAGCACAUCGAAGCGACCUACGGGAAUCUCCCGCCGGCGCACUCGACGCUGCUUACGCAUCACCUCAACAGAAUGAAGUCGGCGGGGCAGCUCGUUUUCCUCAAGAACAACUACAUGAAGCCGGACCCCGACGCGCCGCCGCGCCGCGGCCGUGGGCGUCCGCCGAAGCCUAAAACUCAUCAGCCGCCGGGGGUUGUCGCGGCGUCGCCCCGACCCCGCGGACGUCCCCCAAAGCCUCGAGAUCCAAAUUCAGCUCCACCUCCGGCGAAGCCAAAGGCUACAAGUAAUGUCUCAGGGAGGAAACGCGGCCGCCCUCCGAAGUCGGCGGCGGCGGCGGCGCCGGCAGCACCGCCGCCGGCUAGUGGAGGACCGCCGCGCGGACGGGGGAGGCCGCCGAAGGUGAAAGCUAGCGCGACGGCUCCGGUGGGGGCUUAAGGGAAGGAAUUAGAUUAGGCCAUUGAGUGAAGCUUAUUAGGGAGUUUAGUGCUAAUUUUAUGUGGUUGGUCUUCUUCUUCAUCUUCUUCUUCCUUCUAUAUUUAUCUAUGAAUCAUUAUCCUUACCCUUAAUUGGUCUUUUCUUUGAGUUGAUUUUAAUGGAGGAGGGAGUUCUUGGUGUUGGUGGUGGCGGUGGUGGUGGCGGUGGUGAUGGCAAGUUAGUAUAUGAUGAUGAUGAUGAUGAUUGGUGUAGUUGAUUUCAAUGGAGGAGGCUACUGUACUGCUGCUGCCAUUGCCAUAGCCAUAGCCAUAGCCAUAGCAAGUUUAUGAUUGUUGUAACUUUGUUGUAAAUUUAAUGUCUGAAAUGACUUGGGAUUCUCUCUCUCUUUGUCA